CGUGAGGUACUAAUCCAGCGGUUAAGAUAUCCUCAGUCCUCACCAUGUGGGGGACCCUCAUUGAAUCGUGAGCAGAAGCAGUUGGGUUGUUAUUAAAAGGGGUAGAUGACCUUGACCUCUCUCGGAUCUCAAAAGCAGAAGUACAAAACUAGAGAAUCAAUGACAGGUUAUCCGCCGGGGUAUCCAGUUCCAGGGUACGGCUACGGUGCGCCACCGGCCCAGCCGUAUGAAACGGCCACUCCCUACGGAGCACCACCGGCGCAACCCUACGCUGCGCCUUCUGCGCCCUACGCUCCCGGCCACACGCCAGGGGACAAGCCCUCCAAGGACAAGCACAAGCACAAGCCCCAUGGAAGUGGAAGCAGCUCGAGUGAUGCUCCCCCUCCUUACUCCGCCUAUCAACUGUCUUCGGCACCACCAACCUCUGGCUAUCCACCGGCUUCCGCCCCAUCGCUUUCCGGCUACCAACCGUAUGGAAGCCCGUUUGUCUCUCUGGUGCCGUCGGCGUUCCCUCCGGGAACUGAUCCCAACAUUGUCGCUUGCUUUCAGGCGGCCGAUCAGGACGGAAGUGGGUUCAUAGACGAUAGGGAGCUGCAGGGCGCUCUAUCGUCUUACCACCAGAGCUUCAGCAUCCGAACCGUCCGUCUCUUCAUGUAUCUCUUCACCAACUCCAACACCCGAAAGAUCGGACCGAAGGAGUUCAUAUCGGUGUUCUACAGUCUCCAGAACUGGAGGUCAAACUUUGAGAGGUUUGAUAGAGAUCGGAGCGGGAAGAUCGACGCGUCGGAGCUGCGAGAGGCGCUCCUGAGCCUUGGAUUCGCGGUUUCUCCGACCGUAUUGGAUUUGCUCGUCUCCAAGUUCGACAAGAGCGGCGGUAAAAAUAAAGCCAUCGAAUACGACCAUUUCAUCGAGUGCUGCCUUACAGUUAAGGGGCUCACGGAGAAGUUCAAAGAGAUGGAUAAAUCAUACAAUGGUACAGCAACAUUCACGUAUGAUAAUUUCUUGUUGACCGUUUUGCCCUUUCUUAUUGCAUAAACUACAACAAGGAGAAAGCGGAAAGCUUUGGGUAGGGGUCCUGUUUGUUGAUAUUUGAUACUAUUUUGCACUUCUUGUUUCAGCCCAAUUGAGUGUUUAAUCUGUACAUUUUUGUAUCUUUCUUUCAAUUUUACUACUAAUAAAAAUGUGAUGGUGAUAAUAAUUGGUUAA